UUGACUUGCACUCACAUCACUUUCAGAAAAUCUAAAAUCAUGGAUAUACACGGACGAGCUUGCUUUCUUCUGUCUUUAGUGCUCAGCUGUUUAGCACAACCAAACUUGAACCUUUAUAAGAACAUAAAAAAAACUGAAGACUUUGCCCCUUUCAUUAGGAAAGAUGGUCAUGCGAUCAAUUUUACAGAGCUUUUCAACUCAGAUGCAAAUAGACAAGUUGUAGGAGGCGUUACAGUUGGGUUCGAUAAUCUUGCCCAGUAUGAUUACUGCUCACCUAGAUACCAGACAGUGGUUAUACCACGUGAUACUGACCCUGCUAUUACAUACUUCCCUCCCUGCACAAGGGUGCUUCGCUGUGGGGGAUGUGCCCCGUCAGAGGUCCUGUCCUGCGAGCCCAGACAAACCAGCAUAAAACAAGUUGUGGUUGUGAGAUCGAGAAUUCCCUACCCAGGAUCACCAGAAACCGAUUUUGAAGAAUUCGAAGCUAAAUCUAUCAUCCAACACGAUUCUUGUGAACCACAGUGCAAAGUAAAGCCGGAACACUGUAAUCCUGUGACGCAGGUGUACGUCUCGAGGGACUGCAGCUGUAUCUGUCGCAAUAGAAGGACUUGCCCCACGGACCUUCAUGUCUGGGACGAGGACACAUGCAGCUGCAAAUGCGCCCAGAAAAACGAUAAUUGCCCGGGCUUCUCUCGUUUUAGUGAUGACACGUGCAGGUGUGAGCUACGACAUGGAGUGUCCGGAAUGACAGACGAAGAGAUUAGAAAUCUAUUGCAACUGGCUGCACAAGUCACCACCACCACUACCCCAGCUCCCGCUCCAACUCUACCACCUCUGGUCUUAAGGCUCCCUAACGCCUCUUGUCAACCAGCCUAUCCAUGCCCACUCGGUACCUCCCCGAAAAUUUCACCCGUAAACGGACGCUGUCAAUGCAUGCUUCCCCAGUUUCGUCUGCCUCCUUUGAGACGCAGACGACAAAUACAAUUCAGGCAACAGCUUCGGAGAAAUCCUGCAGACUCACUUUAGAAAGGUUGACGAUAUUUAAAUAAAUUGUGACAAAUAUUACAGAAAGGGCGAUCAAAAUGCUCUGGAACUUUUGCCAUAGUCGAGGAAUAUAAAAGUCGUGCUUGUGAAAUUAAAACUUUGUACAUUAUUUUAAUGUAUACAGUAUAUCUUUAUCCAUUUUUAAUGUGGCAUUGCAUAAUAUACCAAGAACAGUAAAUGUAUGUGAAACUGUCAAAAUGCCAUCUCUCUACCUUCUCUGUUUUUUGAAAUGUAUACAUAUGGUUGAAAUCUCUGUUCAUUUCAUAUUAAACGAUGUAAUAAAAUCAUUUAUAUAUGCAUAA